AUGGCAGGCGUACCAGUGCGCACACCCUUUCAGCCUCGCACAAAAGCUCAUACAAUCCCGAACACUACCGCUCCCUCUACAGAAACAAUAGCAACGUCGAAUCCUCCAUUACGAUCUAAUGCUCCAGCAGCUCCCACCAACCGAAAACUCUCUACCGAUGCAGAUGCUAUCUCCGACAGGUCUACAUUGUUGUUCAUACGUCGCACAUUAUGCUCACAUCUUAGUGAAAAGGGCCGCAGUACCCCGGCUCCAAUCGAUGAGAUACUUCCCCCAUUAACAAGUAGUAAUGAGGUUGACUUGCAGUUAUACGCAUUGAUAGCAAUCAUAAUAAGGGAAUUUGUGCAUACCUGGUAUGCGAAGAUUACGCCGGACCAAAUGUUUGUGGAGGAGGUGGUAAAGAUUACUGCACACUGUACGAGAGCUCUGGAACAAAGGCUAAGGAAGGUCGACUUGGAGAGCUUGCUGUUUGAAGAACUGCCAGACUUAUUGGAUACACAUGUCAAAAUAUAUAGAACAUCGCAUUACCCUCUACAUCCAGAACCAAUUUCGGUGAACCCGCGACAAGUAUAUCAUUCGCUCUGGCCUUUUGCGCCACUGUCCCCCGUUCCGCUUGAUGAAGAUCCCGAUACGAUCAAGAGCCAGUCGAAUAAUGAAGCUGCAUAUAGACAAUUGAUUGUUAACGGCGUUUUAGCCGUUCUACUGCCUACGGAAGAUCUCGAGAAUGAUUGCUUGACAUCUCUAGUUGGUCAGAUUUUUUCGGAAAUGAUACUGGGAAAUGGUAUUGGAGGUAAAGCUUGCGAACCAUGGCUAUUAUGGGAGGGUAUAAUGAAGGUUGCAGAAGUCAUACAAGCUCGACUACCAAAAGCCAAAGCUCAGGUUCGAAUCGACAGGUCAAAUUCCGAAAUUAUCAGACCGAACUUAUUGGAUAUUAAAGCCGGCAAUACGAAAGCUUCCAAUUUUGGGAAAUCGGUGCAGAAAUAUUUUUGGCUAAUUCUUCAAUAUUUGUUUCUGGCGUUCGCCGCGGUCCGGGUUAUAUUCAUUGCUAUUGCUAGCUCAUCUUCAUUGCCGUCUCGUAUUCCUCCCGCGAGGAAACCUACUGGCUUUACGUUGCCGAACGAUGACUCGGAGCCACCGAUGAACUCGGAAGCGUUACCUUGGGCUCGAGCUCAACCACUCAAGCGCCCUAUUCUCAAAAUGAAGCUAUGGUCAUGCGUCUCUACUUUGCUAGAUAUGGAUGCUCGCAUGCCAUGGCUGAGCGCCACAUUAUCUCUUCUUCAAUGGGGUGCAAUUACCGGCCCUGGAAAAAUCGGAGAUACAGAUGGCAUGAUUGACAAACUCCUCUCCCACCAAAUCCACACCCUCAUUCUAGACCCCACUCUGCUACCACCCAUUCUCCGCACCCUUCGCCAAACACUCUUCCCCAAUAACACGCUCGCACCAGCGAGAAUACCUCCUACACCCACUGAAACAAUCGAAAUACGACGAAGGUGUGCAGAGGCUAUAUUAGGUUUGAUACCAAUAGCUGUGAGAGAUAUUUACUUUGGUCGCACUUCUUUAUACUCUUUGGGAAGUAGCACCGACACUAUUAAUAUUGAUCUUGAAGCGAAAACCGAACUGUCAAAAGAAGAAAGGCAUAUUCGGGAAGUAGAAGAUGUGUUGAAUGAUUUUGGUGAUGUGUAUUGUAAUAAACAUUUACUAUAUGGAGUUGUGGAGAUGAUUAUUAUGAGAAUAAUACCGGAGCUGGGGGAGAAAGGAGUGCAGGAGUUAUUGGAUGAGAGGUUGAAUUGA